AUGCGAAAUGAAUCACGAGGCGAGAGCGAAACUUCGAAAUCAAAGAAAGACGGCAAAGAGGACGGACCGCCGACAUGGACCGAGAUGCGGACCAAAGCCGGCAAAGAACGAAAACGACUACCGCUCGCAUGCAUCGCGUGCCGACGAAAGAAGAUCCGCUGCUCCGGAGAGAAGCCGGCGUGCAAGCAUUGCGUGCGAUCGCGGAUCCCUUGCGUGUACAAAGUGACCACACGGAAAGCCGCGCCGCGGACGGACUACAUGGCAAUGCUAGACAAACGAUUGAAAAGGAUGGAGGACCGUGUCAUCAAGCUCAUACCGAAGGAUAAAAUGUCCACGGUGUCGCGGGCGGUCGUCAAACCAGCCAUACCACCUCCACCAACGAAACCCACAGGUGCCCGGAAACGUGGCGCAGACGAUGCGUUUGGAGAUGAGCUGGACGAGCUCACAAAGCCACGCGGUGCAACGGGCGUUGGUGCAACGAACGGUAUACCGUUCAAAGGGAAAGAUGCAGACGAGGUUUUACUCCUUACCGAAGGUGCGGACAGUUUGCCUUCGAAAGAACUGCAGCAUCAUCUUGCCGAAAUUUACUUCGACUACGUCUACGGCCAGAGUUAUCCGCUGCUCCACAAACCGAGCUUCAUGCGGAAGUUGAAUCAGGGUAGCGUGCCGCCGGUGCUAAUGCUCGCCAUGUGUGCAAUCUCGGCGAGAUUCUCAACACAUCCGCAACUACGCAGUGAACCGGCCUUCCUUCGUGGUGACCAAUGGGCGGCGCCGGCAAGAGAAAUCGCCUUGAAACAGUACGAUUCGCCGAACAUCACGAUUCUUAUCGUCUAUCUACUGCUCGGACUUCACGACUUCGGAACAUGCCAAGGUGGCAGGAGCUGGAUGUUCGGCGGCAUGGCACAGCGGAUGGCGUACGCGUUGCAGCUUCACAAAGAUCUGGACCAUGAUCCGCUGGCGAAGGAUAAAGAACACGCAAAAUUGAGCAACACCGAUCGGGAGAUACGACGGCGGACAAUGUGGUCGUGCUUUCUAAUGGACCGGUUCAACUCUUCAGGGACGGAUCGACCGCUGUUUAUGAACGAACGGUAUAUCAAGGCGCGACUUCCAAUCAAAGAGCAUUACUUUACGAUGGAGAUAUCCGGCCCAACGGAAGAUAUGGAUGGAACGGUUCGAACCCCCACACCGGAUGGUACUGGCCAAGCGUCCGAUGCCCGGCUCAACAUGGGGGUAUCUGCCUACGUCAUCCGGCUUGUCGCCAUAUGGGGCCAGGUCGUGAAGUACAUCAACCUAGGGGGCAAGGAGAAAGAUCCAUAUCCAGUGUGGGAUCCCAAAUCGGGUUUCCACAAUCUCAAGUUGAAAGCAGAGGCGUUCAAGAAGCGCCUACCGGAACACAUGCAUUACAAUGCGGAGAACCUGCAGAACCACGCAAGCGAGCACAUCUCCAACCAAUUCAUUUUCCUCCACAUCAUCUACCACCAGAUCAUCCUCUUCAUGAAUCGAUUCGCCCUUCCUCCGAGUCCUCCGGAUCGGCGACCCAAGGAGAUGCCUCGUGAGUUCCUUCAAAUGAGCGCACGCGCCGCCUUCGAUGCAUCGAAUCAAAUUAGUUUAUUAAUCAAAGACGCGAUGGACCAUCUCGUCGUCGCACCGUUCGCUGGGUACGCCGCGUUCUUCUCCAGCACCGUCCACGUGCACGGUGUUUUCUCGAAGAACGCCUCCCUCGUCUCCGCGAGCAAACAAUACCUCGGAUAUAAUGUCAAAUAUCUCAGCAAGAUGAAGAAGCAUUGGGGCAUGUUCUACUGGGUGGCCGAAAAUCUCAAGGAACUCUAUCGACAGCAGGCAGACCAUGCCAUGCGUGGACCGCAGGCGGGAGGCGCCAAAUCGGGGCAGAUCAACAUUUUCCAGUACGGCGACUGGUUCGAUCGAUACCCGCACGGGGUGUCACAGACUGACUAUGAGGACCCGGCGGCGAAGUCGCAACUAGAGCCUGGCGACGAAGGGGUUCUCGGCCAGAAGAGCGAUCUGCAGAGCGUGGAAGAGUUCUUCGCAACCCUUCCGAAGAGGACCGGGCCGGCGCAGAAAGGCGCAAAGAAGAGCCGGGCG